CCACGAUGAAACUCACACUCAUGGUUUAUUCAUAACCACCAGUACAGAUUUGUAACGCUGCAGCUCCUGCUGGUGUCGGCACCGACUGGUAAAGCAGGACUGGCCCACCUGGACUGCCUCAGGAACCACCGGUGCUGGUAGGGCUCGGUUCGGGUCUGUUUACCUUCAUGGUGUCCUGCACAUUCUGGGAACGACUGAACAGUUCUGGGUUCCUGCGUGCUCAAACAAAUUAUCCUACGUCACCAGAUCACAGCCAAUAGGAACAAAGGAGGAGAUCCAGAGGUGAGAGGAGGGGAGGAUGAGGAGGUGAGAGGAGGAGGAGGAGGUGUUUGGCUCGUGAAUGCGCUCGGACCCGUCAGUCUGCUUCUGAGCAGAAACCCGUCCGGAUCUCUUUGGCUCAUGGAGCAGCAGUCCGUGCGCAGACACCGGAACCACCUGCUGGACUUCAGAACCUAAGCAGCCGAACCCAUGAAGGUUCUGAGAAGAGGAGCAGCGCUGCUGCUGCUGGUGCUGCUGGGCCGCUGCUGCUGCACCGACACCGGCCGGAGAGUGUGUAAGGGGACCAGUAAUCAGCUGACCCUGCUGGGGAACCGUGAGCAGCACUAUGAAAGGAUGGUGAAGAUGUUCUCCAACUGCAGCGUGGUCCUGGACAACCUGGAGAUCACCUAUACCCUGAAGAACCACGACCUGUCCUUCCUCCAGUCCAUCCAGGAAGUUGGUGGCUACGUCCUGGUCGCCAUGAACGAAGCGCCGACCGUUCCUCUGGUCAACCUGAGGCUGAUUCGAGGUCAGAGCCUCUACGAGGGUCGCUUCGCCCUUCUGGUGUUGUCCAACUACAACAAGGACAAUUCGUCCGUCACGGGUGGGAUGAGACAGCUGCUGCUGAGCAACCUGACCGAGAUUCUGAGCGGAGGAGUGAAGGUGACCCUGAACCCCCUGCUGUGCAACAUGGACACCAUCCAGUGGUCCGACAUCGUGGAUAAAUCCAGUCAUUCCAGCAUUCACCAGGAGGCGGAUAUCUCCACACGGCAGUGCGACAGGUGCGACUCCAGGUGUGUUAACGGUUCCUGUUGGGCCGCCGGACCGGAUCACUGCCAAAAAUUCACUAAGCUGGUGUGUGCGGAGCAGUGCAGCGCCAGGUGUCACGGACCCAAACCCGUCGACUGCUGCAACCAACACUGUGCUGCAGGCUGCACCGGGCCCAGCGCCACCCAGUGCCUGGCCUGCAGGGAUUUCAACGAUGAUGGGACGUGCAUUGACGCUUGUCCCCCUCCAAAAAUCUACGACCGCCUUAUCCAGCAGGAGGUCAUGAACCCGAAGGUCAAGUACGCCUACGGAGCCACGUGUGUGAAGGCCUGCCCCUAUAACUACGUGGUGACGGAGGGUUCGUGCGUCCGCUCCUGCAGUGCGGGAACCAAAGAGGUGCAGGAGAAUGGAGUCCACAUCUGUAAACCAUGUGAAGGACCUUGUCCCAAAGCCUGUGAUGGAAUCGGAAUGGGCUCUCUGAGCAACACCAUGGCCGUCAACUCCACCAACAUCGACUCGUUCAGGAACUGCACCAGCGUCAACGGGAACAUCAUACUCAGCCAGCAUUCCUUCACCGGGGAUCCUCAUUACAACAUCCCACCCAUGGAGCCGGAGAAGCUGGAGAACUUGAGGACAGUGAAGGAAAUCACAGGUUACCUGAUGAUCACCGCCUGGCCUGAAGACAGCAGGUCUCUGUCCGUGUUUGAGAACCUGGAAGCCAUCAGAGGAAGAGCAGCGUACCAAAACCAGUACAGUUUGGUGGUGGUGAACGUGAACCAUCUGCGGUGGCUCGGUCUACGCUCUCUGAAGGAGAUCAGCGCCUCCAAUGUGAUGGUGAAAAAAAACUGCUCGCUGUGCUUCAUCCAGACUGUGAACUGGACCCGGCUCUUCAGAUCCAAAGCCCAGACCAACACGACAUCCAGGAGCACGUGCCCCCAGCAGAACCAGGCCUGUAACCAGACCUGUCACCACCAGUGUUCAGAGGACGGCUGCUGGGGCCCGGGGCCCGACAUGUGUGUGUCAUGUCUGCAUUUCAACCGCAGGGGGCGCUGUGUGGCUCAGUGUAACCUGCUGCACGGCGAGCCCAGAGAGGUGGAGGUGAACAGCAGCUGUGUGGAGUGCCACUCUGAGUGUCUGAUGAUGAGCGAGGGCCCCACCUGCCGCGGUCCAGGUCCGGGUAACUGUUCCCAGUGUGCCCACUUUAAAGAUGGCCACCAGUGCGUGGCGCGCUGCCCACACGGCGUCCUUGGAGACGGAGACACGCUGAUCUGGAAAUACGCCGAUGAGACGGGCCACUGCCAGCUUUGCCACCAGAACUGCACCGAGGGAUGUUCGGGUCCUGGCUUGUCCGGAUGCAGAGGCACUACGACCAACUCCACGCUGGCGGUCGGCGUGGUCGGAGGACUCCUGGUGGCCGUCCUCGUAUUGCUGCUCAUCGUUGUGUUGCUACGGCGACGGCGAAUCAAGCAAAAGAGGACGAUCCGCCGCCUGCUGCAGGAGAAGAAGCUGGAGCCGCUGAUUCCGAGCGGUCAGGCUCCUAAUCAGGCUCACCUGAGGAUCCUGAAGGAGACGGAGCUGAAGAAGGACCGGGUGCUCGGAUCCGGAGCCUUCGGAACCGUCUAUAAGGGUUUGUGGUUUCCUGAAGAUGAGAAUGUGAGGAUCCCCGUGGCCAUCAAGGUCCUCAGAGAGGCCACGUCCCCCAAAGCCAACCAGGAAGUCCUGGAUGAGGCCUACGUGAUGGCGAGCGUGGAUCAUCCUCAUGUGUGCCGUCUAUUGGGAAUCUGCCUGACGUCGUCGGUGCAGCUCGUCACUCAGCUGAUGCCCUACGGCUGUUUGCUGGAUUACGUCCGACACCACCAGGAGACCAUCUGUGGUCAGUGGCUCCUGAACUGGUGUGUUCAGAUCGCCAAGGGGAUGAGCUACCUGGAGGAGCGUCACCUGGUGCACCGAGACCUGGCAGCGAGGAACGUCCUGUUAAAAAAUCCAAAUCAUGUCAAGAUCACCGACUUCGGCCUCGCCAAGCUGCUGACGGCCAACGAGACGGAGUACCACGCCGAUGGAGGGAAGGUUCCCAUCAAGUGGAUGGCGUUAGAGUCGAUCCUCCAGUUCACCUUCACCCAUCAGAGCGACGUCUGGAGCUACGGUGUGACGGUGUGGGAGCUGAUGACCUUCGGCUCUAAACCGUACGACACCAUCCAGGCCAGAGACGUCUCCUCGGUGCUGGAGAGAGGAGAGCGGCUGCCUCAGCCUCCCAUCUGCACCAUCGACGUCUACAUGAUCAUGGUGAAAUGUUGGAUGAUCGACCCGGCCAGCCGGCCUCGCUUCAGAGAGCUGGUGGCAGAGUUCUCUCAGAUGGCUCGUGACCCGUCCAGAUACCUGGUCAUACAGGGUGACCUGCCGAGUCCGUCCGACAGACGGUUUUACUCUCGCCUGCUGAGCUCAGACGACCUGGACGACGUGGUCGAUGCAGAGGAAUACCUGCAGCCGUACAAAGGCCAGAGUAACCAUGGCAACCACCCCUGCAACACCAUGGUCGGCCGUCCGAUCAGAGAGAACAGCAUGACUCUGCGUUACAACGCUGAUCCCACCCGCGGAGCACUGGUUGCAGGAGGCGUCACCGGACACGACUACACGAACCAGAGCGUGAGUGAAACCAGACGCAGCAGCAGCAGGCUAUCAGAGGUCUUUAAUCCCAACUACGAGGACCUGAACCAGUCCUGGGCCACCAAGUCGUUUUCUGGACCGGAGUACCUAAACAUGACCCAGAGCUCGCUACCCCCGGAGGAUGGCGACAGCCUCCGUAGUCCAGACUACAAGGCCAAUUUCCUGUCUCUGACCAGCAGCACUUCUGAGGCUCUAACAGGGGACGGCGUGUUCCUCCCUGCUGCAGAGAACCUGGAGUACCUGGGUCUGGGUGCUGCGCUGCACGCACCCCUCCGCUAGGGGGCAGCAGCGCUCAGACAGCUGAACUUUGAUGUAGUUUUCUCAGGAAACUCCGUCCUUAAACAGAGCACUGACUGAAGCAUCACUUCAGUUACAACAUUCCCUCAGCUGGAAUUUUCCUUUCGUGAGAAAAUGUUUGAGACGUGGGUCCAAAGAUGAAUCCAGAUCCUGGAUCAGACCCUGGUUUCAUCCUGGACUAGGAUGGUUCCUCUGGACUUCAUCCUUCUUCACAUUUAAUGACCUGAGCUCAUUUAAACUUGAUAGAAAUGAGCUUUUAACGAUGAUCAGUGACCGAGAUAACAAAAACAACAGAAGAAGCAGAAAGGAGAUCUCUGGAAAUGCAGAAGCUCAUAAAAGAGCGAUCACAUGGUGCGUUAUAACUGGGUCAUAAUUAAGAGAUCCGCGUUUAAAAUGUUGAUUUUUAAACCCGUUCUAAAGAAACAGUCAUGAUUGUGAAUUUUGGGCCUCUAUAGAAAAACCAGCUGAGCUUUGAGACGUUUGUUGUUUACAGCUGCUCUACACUGGAGAUGUUUUGUUGUUUAUUUGUAAAUAAUUUAUAAAACUACAAACUGUGAAGUGGUUCCUGUAGGGGAGUGUCGUGUGGAACAUCAGCUCCCCCAGCUGGUGAAGAGGUGAAACUGCAGCUUCAACUAAAACAGUAUAGAAUAGAAUAGAAUAGAAUAAUAGAAUAGAUACCUGAUCACUCCCACGUGAACCAGUUCAGCCCUCUGCUCCAAAAGGAUGUGAUAGGAGAGGAAGACCGGAGAAGGAGACAUUAGUAAACACUUUCACGCAUCAUUUCCUGUCCUCCUAAAGCCACGGAGGAGUUCUGAUUCCCGUUUUUAACACAAACUGAUGAAGAAGCAGAACCUGGGCGGACGCUUCUGUUGAUGUGAUCAUUUAACUCGUGUUUGAUUGUUUUACUGAGCUGUAAAUAAUCUGUCUAACUCCAGUUAAAAGGUCCUGCUGCUGGUU